AUGGCCACUCCAAUACCCAAUCCAAACGAUAAUGACUCUUAUUUGGUUUACAUUCCUGCAAUCAUUUUCCUGGUCAUAAGUCCUAUUGUCGUUGUGUUGCGAAUAUGGGCGCGGUUGAGGCAAGGUGGGAAUAUGGGGGCUGAUGACUGGACUGCUAUUGCGGCCUUGAUAUUUGCACUUCUUACCAGUGCUUUUUUGAUGACAUGCUGCCAUUACGGCAUGGGCCGACAUUUCAAGUACAUAGAACACCAGAAUCAGAUCGAAACACUAAAGUUCCUGUACAUGUCGCAAAUCACCUAUAAAGCGGCAAUUAAUCUCACCAAAUGCUCCAUUCUACUACUCUAUCUGCGUCUAUUUGAGAUUGUUCGUUGGAUGAGAUGGACUUGCAGGGGCCUCCUCGCUUGCGUUAUUAUUUACUGCAUAUCUUCGAUGACCGCGACGAUCUUCCAGUGCAACCCGGUUGCCAAAGCCUUCGACAAGGCCCGGACAGGAACCUGCAUCAACCUUGCCACGUUCUGGUUCGCCAACGCCGGAUUCUCGAUCGCUACCGAUGUUAUUAUUCUUCUGCUUCCCAUGCCUCUAGUAUACGGGCUAGAGGUACCUCGGGCUCAGAAACUCGCUCUAAUGGCUGUGUUCGCCAUUGGUGUUUUCGUCGUCAUCACCUCAUGCCUCCGAGUCACAACCCUCGAUGUUUUCGCUACCUCGACCGACAAUACAUACGAUAUCGCGAAUGUGAUGUGGACAAUCAUCGAACCAAACGUGGCUAUCGUCUGCGCAUGCUUGCCAACUCUGCGACAACUGGUUGUCAAACUAUUCCCAGCACUCGGAAGUAAAAACUCAGCCAACAGAUACGGCACCCCUGGCUACGAUUCGAACGGGUACGGCUCGAAGUCGAGGGGCUCAAGGGGUACGGGAAGAAGAAGUCAAGCACCACUUACGUCUACAGAUGAAUGGGUGGAACCGGGCGCGAAGUCCAACGGCAUUCACAUGACGACUAUUCAGCGAAACAACUCGAAUGCAGGGAGUGAAGAGAGUAUUCUGGCUGGCGGGCAGAACGAUGCAAAUAACGGAAUAAAGAGGACGGUGGAGUAUAGUAUUCAGUAUUCUGAGAAGAAGUGA